UCUAGACUCAAGCAUUAAACAUUAAGGAGAGAGUAUUUUACUUUUGAUAACGGACACAUAAGAGCUUCGAAUCGGAAGAGAUGACUGAAGAUAUUGACGAAGCGAUGAUGAAGACAUUUGUACACAGGGUGUUCAGGAAGAGCGAUAACAUUGGGAGGCUUACUGUCAAAUCAUUACGUCAUCAAUUUCUUGAACACCUGGGAUUAGAGAAACUGGAAGCUUACCAGAGGGAAGUCUUCAAAAAGACUGUGCAUAAUAUCUAUGCUUUUUAUACUAAUAAAAAUCAAGGACAAAGUGAAGGUGAUCAAGAGUCAAGUGUGGAAGAUUCCCAGACAGCUGAUGACUCAAGUGAUGCCACAACAUCCACUUCAUCUUUCAAUUCAAAGCAAAGGCAAAGAAAACACUCAAUAGACAACAAAAAGGGAUCAUCUAAUGUGCAUGAUACAAAUUUAGGUGACAUUUGUGACAAUGAAAUACUUGAUAACACCAAUGAUUUGUCUGGAGAACAAUACAAAGAACAAAGAGAAGCAAAUGAAUACGGGAAAGAAGCAAUGGACAAGGAAAAUAUAGAUCAAAGGAAUACUGUUUCAAAUGGAAAAAGUUCUCAAAAGCUAAAUGGAAAGUCUACAUUGAUUUUGAUAAAAAGUAAGGACAAGGAGCAAAUCAAGAGAUCUCCAUUUAAGAAGAGAAAAAUAUCCCAGGACAUUGAUGAUGAUCCAGAAAUUGAUGAGGAAAGAAGAGAAGAAAAGAGCAUACCUAAAAAGGUGUUAGUGGAAAGUGUUGAGGAUGCAGAGGUAUCGAAUGAUGACAGUGAGGUAGUAAGGAACAACAAUAUAUCCAAAAAGAAAAAGACAUUGGAGAGAGAUGAAGAUGAAGAACCUAUGGAAUUUAACCAUGACAUUGAUGAUGAAAUACAUAAACAAACACAAGGAGGUGGAAGGAAAAAUGGUCAUGAAGCAGACCAAAGUGAUGUGAGGGUGAAUGAUGAUGAUAAUUCAUGGAAGGGAAAACAGAAAGGGAAGUCAGAGGAGAUAGGCUCCUCUAGAAGAAAGAAAAAGUCAUCACCACCUUCUGCAGACAGUGUUAGACUAAAAAACUUAAAACGUUUUGUUCGAACCUGUGGACUGCGUAAAAACUAUGUUAAACUGUUUGCUGCAUGUAAUUCCAUGUCUCAGAAAGAGACAGUUUUAGAAACAGUGCUGCGAAAGGAUACUGGGUUUGAAGGAAGAAUAUCGCUUGGUAUGUGUAAGGAGUUCAAGCAGGCCAGGGAGGAAGCAGAUGAAGUAGCUGAGCUUGAUUGUGGCAAUAUCAUCUCCACAGAUGGUGGAGGGCGGCCAACUAGAAGCAGCCGUAUAAUAUCAGAUCGCAAGCCAACACCCAGUACCGUCCUAAACUCAAACCCUAAACUGUUCAGCCGACUUCAGGGAGUGGUUGAUAGUGAUUCCAGUAAUUCGGAGGACGAAUAUAAUGGAGGAAAGAACGAGCGGAGCACUUCUCCUUACAAGAACAGUAGUCAAGGAAACUCCAAAAAGAGACGAAGAGUUGACAGUAGCUCAGAUGACGACGAGGAAUAAGCCAUCCAAGAUGUUUGUAACCAUUAUUUUACACAAUUUUAUAUACCAUUGUUUUAUCAGUAACAUAAAAAAUAAAUCAAUUAUAACGAGGAUGGCAAAGGGUUGAUAUGUGACGCGUGAUUAGGGCCAAAUUUAAUGUGUGACGCGUGAAUUUACAGAAAGGCAAGCGUGAUUUGUAAAUUUAUGAAGGCGUAAUUCGCCUCUUGAAAUAUACGUGACCCGUGAAUUGUUUCUUUCAUGCGAUAAAACCCUAAGAUUUCCCUGAAACCUUGUAGAAAAGAAGAGGGAUUUGAAGUUUCCCCUUUGAUAUACGUCCCGCGUGAAUUUCUCUAAAAUUCGUGCGUGAAACGGGAUCAAGAUCCCCUCUGCCACCCCCUGUAAUGAAUACCAUCUUAGUGCGCUUGACCUUAAAGCUCGCGUAGUUCGAAUCAGUAAGUCUCAUAGUAAAACUUAUUAAUUCGUAGAUUUCUAAAUUGGUAUUUUUGUUAAGCUCAUUGAAUUUUUGGCAUUCAUGUCCAUUAACACCCUAUGGAUUCAAGGAUUUUUAUCUCUAUUGAAGAAAUCUGUGUUAAUCGCGGUCAUUUUCUCUUCAAAGUACUUUCUUGUUCAGGAGGGAAAAUUACAGGCCUUUGAAUUGUACUGUCGAGUUUUUGUUUUGUUUUGUUUUUUUUCAGUUGUAUUCCACUGCGCUUUUUAGUUUUGAACCAUGUUAGACUUAUGCACCAUUCACAUCAGCGAAACAUGUGUAGUUUAUCAAUGUUUAACUGAAUGAAAACAGAAACGAGAAUUAGAAAACUGAAUUUCCCUUAUGCUUGAAGUAGUCAUUUGUAUUUUCAAUGUGCCAACUUGAAAAUCGACAAAAAUUGGUCUAAGCAGCUUCGACGAAGAAGACAAUUUUAAACUGUCUGACAAAAAACAGCUUUAAAAUGUGUAAGCUUUGGCAUGGUGGGAAUAAGACGAAUUCGCCUGUGGCUAUUUGAUGAGCCGAAUAUACUUCUCUCUGUCUUUUCAGAGCAACCUUGCUCCGUUAGCAUCAGGUCUGUAUCGAUUAACAAAUGAAGGAAAGAGGUGUUUGACCCUCAUGUAGUCAGAGGUCACUAUCUUGGGUUUUCUAGCAAGCGUCCGAAAUCGGACUUAACUAAUCAAAAGUUAACGGAUAUUUGUUAACUCCUAGCGAUAGGCUAUCUGUCACUUUAAUGAUUCACUUAUCGUUUUGGGUAUAAACUGGAGUCGUUUUGUUGGGCGUUGCAUUUUCAAACUUUUUUAACUAUGUUGUUACUUUCAUCAUUUUUAGAAGUUUUGA